CCGGGUUCAGUGGGUGGUUUAAAGAGUGGUACAUCUCCACGCUAUUUGAACCAUUUCUUCCCUUCCCGUGACAUUGACGCCCACCAACAAUGGAGCAAGAAUUCUUGUAUAUGGAUUCUCUACUCUCCUAUAUGUUGCAAGGUUAGAAAUUCAAAUUCACUUCACUUCUCUACCUACUAUUUUGGACACUGUUUCCUUGCCUUGCCUUGCCUUGCCUUUGUCUUUUCUUGCUUCUGCCACACUCUAGCCGAAUCCAAUGUCCCCACGUAUUCCAUGGUAGCAAGUCAACUCCUGACGUUCCUUUGUAACCGAUUGAAAUAGGCAACGCAGACUUGUUUUUGGACUCGGCAAACGCCUAUUACUCUCCUCCGAUAACAAUCUCCAUGUCAACCACCACGAGGAUAGUGUCACCUCCUGAUUUUGCUGGAGCUGGAGCUCCACACCCAAAUACACAACCGCGUUCGCGUUCUCAGAGGACAAUCGACUUGGAGAUUGAUGGAAUCAGUGCCAGUGCCAGCGCCAAUGCCAGUGGCAGCAGUGGCAAUAGCAGCAGCAGUGGUGGUGGUGCGAGCCGCUCCCACAUUCGCCAGACAACAACAUCAUCGUCUUUACCUCUAACGUACCUCUCUUUGCCACCAUUGAUUUCCAACUCUCGCCUCCGUACUUAUCGAACUCCAAGCCCGUUAACAACCACCCAACGGCCGAGGCACUCCCAUUCCCCUCCAUCCCAGAAUAUCCAAACAUCACCUUGGGGAGAGCCAGCGAGCGCAUCAUCAACACACAUUGAGCUUCCGCCAAUAGGUUCCUGGGAGAAUGGCCACCCCGAGUCUUUGCAUAACGCCGAUUUAGAGAAUUCACUGCUCGCUUCCGAAAUCGAAGACAAUUUCCUCGCCGACCUUGCUGAUGGUGAUUUUUCGUCACCUUCAUCGUACCCACCGUUCACGAACCCCGAUUCACGGCCGAGUCAGUCCCAUAGCGUAAGCCUUCAAUCAACCGUUCAGGCUUCCACGCCGUAUCGUGCACUCCGCAACACCACCGCAUCCACCAACACCACUACAAGUACAACGGCCACUGCUGCUCCACGAGAAUUAUCGUCCACCAACUGCAUCCUCCACCCUUUCGGCCCUGAGCGAACAACAACCCAGCUCUCCUCGGCUAGCAACUCUACUGGCGAAUCUCAAGCAUCGCUGCCUGUUUUCGACUCCCUCGAGGAGAACGACUUCUUCUUUGACAGUCCCGCAAGCUCCUUCUCUGAAGCUAUGCCGCCCGCGACUCGGCGGAGUACCACAGCUGCGGCUGCUCGAACUGGUUCAACGCACGCGAGUAAGCGACGACGAACAUCGACGACUGCUGCGCCCGCGGCCCCCCCAAGACCGACGUCGAGACAGAGAAAGUCACCCGCAACCAGAAAAGACAUGGAUGUUGAAGAGCUAUUUGGCACAAGCCCUACUCGUCCCCCCAUCGACGUUGAACCCAAAGCCGAAUUCGACACUAUCGAUCUAACCGAGAACAACGAAGUGUUCGAGGAAGUCCGAAAGCCAGAAAAGGAUGAUCGCGUCAAGCUUGCUGCCUUUCAAUGUGUCAUCUGUAUGGACGACUGCUCUAACCUGACAGUCACACAUUGUGGUCAUCUAUAUUGCGCUUCUUGCUUGCACCAGUCUCUUCAUGUCGACGUCACCAAGGGAAAGUGUCCCAUGUGCCGUCAAAAACUUGACAUGAAGCCUCGGGAGAGCUAUAACAGCAAGACCAAGGGAUACUGGCCCCUUGAACUGAAGCUCAUGACUGCUACACGGAAAGGAAAGCGCAAGGCCAAUACAAUGUCCUGAUGUGAUCGACAGCCAUCUACAACGGCGAAGGUUGUGAUUCUCUGGACUCAUAGCGCAAUUGAGUACUUGUUUCAGAGUUUGAUGGCUAACCCUAAUGCACCAACGUUGUUGCUACGUGGCACUCCGUUUAAUCGGCAUCCGUGGAUACUUGGAACUCGUCACAGGUACG